AUGGGAGAUGUAAAUAAAUAUGGGAGAAAUUAUGUGCGGGGAAAAACAUUAAGCGAGGAUAUGGUCUCCCUUGUAAUCGAUGAAAUAGUAGAUAUGGGUGGCGAUACUGCGACAGGCUUUUUUGAACAGUACAGUGCAGUUGCUUCUAAGUUCAAACUAUCUCCUAAGACUACGAAAAAGGUUUGGAUGCAAUUUUGUAAAUCUGGGCAACUAAAGCCAAAAAAAUCAUGCGCAUCUGGUGUCAAACAUUUAAAACCUGAAGACUUAGACUUCAUAGAAUUCCUCAAGACUGAUAAACCAUCCAUGUCAUCAGGCGAUUUGCUCAAGGAAGUUGAACGCCACUGUGUUAUUCCCGAAGGGACAAGCCGAGAAGCGAUAAACAGGGCAGUGAGGAACUUUAUGCACGAUGGGAAAUGGUCGAGGAAA